AUGACAGAGUCCGAAAUGAACCACACUUGGAUGUAUAACCUGAGCUUUGGUGCACCUGCACAUCCUCUUGAGCCAAGGGCUGGACUCUCACGAAGUGGGCACACAGUAGUGGCUGUUUUUCUUGGAUUAAUCUUGUUUUUUGGUUUUUUGAAUAACUUGAUUGUCCUCAUCCUCUUCUGCAAGUUUAAAACCCUGCGUAACCCAGUCAACAUGCUUCUCCUGAACAUCAGUGUCAGUGACAUGUUAGUGUGCAUCUCGGGCACUACCCUCAGUUUUGCAUCCAACAUCCGUGGCAAAUGGAUUGGAGGGGACCAUGCUUGUAGGUGGUAUGGCUUUGUCAAUUCCUGCUUUGGUGUGGUGUCGCUGAUCUCCCUGGCGGUACUGUCCUACGAGCGCUACAGCACUCUCACCCUGUGCCACAAGCGCAGCCAUGAUUUCCGCAAGGCUCUGCUGGCUGUUGGUGGUUCUUGGAUUUAUUCCUUGGUCUGGACCGUGCCACCUCUGCUUGGUUGGAGCAGUUAUGGGGUAGAAGGUGCAGGCACGAGCUGUUCAGUACGCUGGUCCUCAGAGUCGGCCGAGUCCACGUCCUACAUCAUCUGUCUGUUCAUCUUCUGCUUGGCUGUCCCCGUGGUGGCCAUGGUGUACUGCUACGGGCGCCUCCUGUACGCCGUCAAACAGGUUGGGAAAAUCCACAAGAAUGCUGCCCGCAAAAGAGAAUACCACGUCCUGUUCAUGGUGAUCACUACAGUUAUCUGUUUCCUGGUGUGCUGGAUUCCGUAUGGGGUUAUAGCAUUACUUGCAACAUUUGGCAAGCCAGGUGCUGUGACUCCAGUUACAAGUGUCAUACCUUCCAUCCUAGCAAAAAGCAGCACUGUUUGCAAUCCCAUUAUCUACAUACUUAUGAAUAAGCAGUUUUACAAAUGCUUUCGCCAGCUUUUCCACUGCCAACCUCCUUCCUCCACUGAUGGAGAGCCCACCUACCAUUCCAAGGUAACUGUUAUCCCGCUGGAUCAGAGGGCGGACGGUGGAAACGUGUGCAAUAAUGAACCACAUCCAGAAACAGACAGUAAAAUGACUGCUCUCCUGUGCCCAGAGACAACUUCAGAAGCUAUACCACCAACAUCUUAG